CAUCAUCACUCAAUAGUGGAAUUUCAACAAGUUUAGAAAGAAGCAACAAAGAAAGAGGGAAAACAAAUAUGAAGAGGAAGAGCUUUCCUAUUUUGAUUUCAAUUUAACAAUUACAACAAUAAAAGCUCUUUCCUCUUUUCACUUCUCUCACUCUCUCUAUAAUCAUAAUUAUACGUAUAAAAAUACGUACAAGUAUAUGUAUAUGUAUGCGUAUACGUACGUACGUACGUAGGUAAAAAUAUCAGCAGAUCGAAGUUAGGGUUUUAGUAUUAUUAUUAUUUUUUUUUUUGAAAAAUGUCGGGGCUUCAUAGAUCUUCUAGCGCUCCUUCCAAAAAUGGACUUCCUCCUCAGGAACUCCUUGACGAUCUUUGCAGUCGGUUUGUUUUGAACGUGCCAAAAGAAGAUCAGCAAUCAUUUGAGAGGAUUUUGUUUCUUGUGGAGUACGCGCAUUGGUUUUAUGAAGAUAAUUCUGUAGAAAAAAAUCCGUCAUUGAAGUCUUUCACUCUCAAGGAAUUUACCUCCUUAAUGUUCAACAGUUGUGAUGUUUUAAAACCAUAUGUUCCUCAUAUAGACGACAUAUUCAAGGACUUUACCUCUUACAAGGUUCGAGUUCCUGUAACUGGGGCCAUCAUCCUUGAUGAGACUUUUGAACGGUGCUUGCUAGUAAAGGGAUGGAAGGGUUCAAGUUGGAGUUUUCCACGUGGGAAAAAGAACAAGGAUGAAGAGGACCACGCUUGUGCAGUUAGAGAAGUCUUGGAGGAAACAGGAUUUGAUGUCUCGAAACUUCUUCAGAAAGAUCAAUUCAUUGAAAUAACUUUUGGAGAGCAAAGAGUGCGGCUCUACAUAAUAGCUGGAGUGAAAGAGGAUACAUCAUUUGCCCCACAAACCAAAAAAGAAAUCAGUGAAAUAGCAUGGCAGAGACUGGAUGAACUUCAAUCAGCAAGUAACGAUGUCAUAUCUCGUGGGAUGACCGGACUCAAGCUCUACAUGGUCUCUCCAUUUUUAGCAUCUUUGAAAUCAUGGAUUUCACUACAUCAGCCUGCUGUGGCGCCUAGAUUUGAUAGACCUUCAAGAGGAUUAAGUGUGUGGAACGCAAAAAAUAGUUCCAUCGGAAGCAGCUCAGGUCCUGGCAAAAGUUUCAGAAACUUCCGGUUUGACACUGCUCCAAUAUAUCGUGCAAUGGAAGCUGGCUUCUCUUCUUGAAAUGUAGAGUGUAGUUGCGGUUAAUCGUCAAGUUUCAUGUGCACAUAUUUUGUUUAGCUCCUGUCGUCACUACAUUAGUCGUUGACAAAAUUUAGGACUCUUUGUGUUAAUCCUGCUUAGACAAGUUCAUAGUUUCGUGGGUGUUCUGUUCACGUUCAGGUUUGGGAUGUAUGUAUAGUAUGUACAGGAUCCUUGUAUUGAAUAGUCACCGUGUUCUUUAGUUAAUGCAAAAACACUCCUUUUAAUUUGGACACUA